UUUUUUCCCCCAGGUUUGCACGACUCUGUUAUUGUGGGAAACAACAAAAAUCACUUAACCUCGUUAAGCAACUGGUUUGCACCUGUCACAGAAAGCGUCAAUUCUCUCUGGAAGCGCUGUUGGCGUUCAUCCAUGAACGGCUGGGCUGCAAGUACAUUUCACUCCCGAUGUGACGGCAAGAGUCCGACUGUAACAAUAAUAAGGGUCGGGAGAUACAUUUUUGGAGGAUACACCAGCAUUUCAUGGGGUAAGUCAACACUGUAAAGCAGCAGAUUUUAAUGCAUGAACCACCAGUACGGUUAUUUAAGCAUAUGUUCAGCUAAAAGUGCAGCUUGGUAAUGCCCUAUAUAAAAGACUCAGUUAACCCUGCCAUUCAUUCAUGGUUAAGUAGUGACGGAUAAAGAUUUAUGGUUGGCGGAUUUAGAUGCAUGCGGGCAUGCAUCCCCCACCCUUCAAGGACCGAGGAUCGCCCCACCUCAGUAGACUUAAAAAGGUGUGAAUGAGCCCCAACCUCGCGCCCCCUCUCCUCAAGAUCUGAAUCAGCAAAGUGAUGAGAAUUUCUAGCCUGCAAAACGAACCUAACAAUAAUAAUGAUAAUAACAAUAAUAAUAAUUCUUAUUAUAAUAAAUAAUAAAAUAACAAAGGCUUCAUUACUGUGGUAAGAGUAUUAUGACUAAUUCACCAGAUUAUAGAAAGCUUUGGGAAAUGUUGACAAAAAGAACAACACAUGAAUUUGGAGGCUUUGUUUUCUUAACUCACACGAAACAUUCUAAUAUAAUUCUUGUUCUUUUUUUCUCGUCAAUUGCUUUCAUAAUUGCAAAUCUCUGCUAAUUGACACUUCUCGUAGUCAGGCACCUCACCUCAGCUCCCAUAAGCGGACAGUUCCUUAAACCUGGUCCUCCCUAGCGACGCAAGUAUAUAUAGCAUGUGCAUAGUAAGGAUCUAAUGAGGACGGCUUAAACUAGAUAGAAACCAUAAGUACAAGAAUAUCAAAACCUUGGGUUUUUCUUAAGCUCAUGCUUUUUAUGAUAGUGCACAUUAAGCUUUUCGUGCUCAUGCUUGUUUUUAUGCUUAAGUUAUGCUCAUGCUUUUACUACGUAUGCUUACGCUAAAUGCGUCGCUCGUGAAAACCGGGUCUUAGUCUUGAUCCUUGUACGCAUGCCUGUAGCUACAUAGAAACACGGAUCUUAAUCUACCUUUAGAGGAAAUCUCUCCUAAACUGAAGAACUGACUACUGGUCUGGUUCAAAGAGUGACCGCUUACGGUAGAUUCUAUUAUGACUAAAAGAAUUUAUAAUAAAAAUAUUUAUAUUAUAAGAAAUUCCUGAAAAGAAUUAGCUCUUGACAAACGUGCAUUAUAUAGUCAAGAAUGAUUCGUCAUACUUAUGUAAACUAAGCAACUCGAAUUUACUUCAUUAAGAAUUAUCAUUAUUAUUAAUAUCAAUAUCAUUUUUUUUAGGUACUAGGGCAAUGUUACUAAUUUAUUUUCACUUUCCCUUUUUACUUUCCCUCUUGUAGCAUCAUCAUCUAGCCGCUAUCAAUACGACUCCAAAGCCUUUUUAUUUUCACUGGUGAACAAACCAGGAUGGGUGCCUGUUAAACUGUCUCAGACAGGGAAAUAUAGCUCUCACAAAGCUUAUUCCAUAUACUUUAUUUCCUCAUAUGGGCCCACAUUCGGAGGAGGACACGACAUUAACAUAAAAAGCCACGCAUCAUCCAAUAGCAAUUCUUACAGCAACCUUGGCCAUGAUUACGGCCCACCGAGCGGGUACAGCCCCGGCAGCACCUUUGCACGAACAUUCCUGGCAGGAACUUACAAGUUCACACCAGACGAAGUUGAAACCUUUUACGAAACAACGUAG